AAUUUCCCUCUACUUGCAAAAUUUCCUUUCUUUCUCUCUCACUUUCCCUUUCCAAUUUCCUUCCAUUCCUUUCCCCUCCUUUCUUCUCUUCUCCCCUUUCUCCGCCGCUUCGUCUGCCAAAUUCACGCUUCCUCCAUUUUUCACUCAUUUUGCCCUACUCCGAAAACAACCCUAGUGUCGUUUCCGGCGAUUUUCCCACCGUUUCUCGCUAAUUUUCUCGGGAAAAUGGGGAACCCCCAGCUGGGUCAUCUUCUCGUGCUGUCUUUGAUGUGGGUUUUGGCGUCAGUCCACGGCCAGGGGAGCUCGAGCGACGCGACGGCAAUGCUGGAGCUGAGGGCGGUGCUGAAGCCGCCGACUUCUCUUGGGUGGACUGGGUCGGACCCCUGCAGUUGGAGCCACGUUGGCUGCAACGGCGGCCGGGUUACCCGGGUCCAAAUCGGGCACCAGGGCCUGACUGGGUCCCUCCCGGCGAGCCUUUCGAACCUCACCGCCUUGGUGAGAUUCGAGGUCAUGUCCAACCAACUCACCGGGUCGGUCCCCAGUCUCGCCGGGCUCAACUCGCUCCAGUAUCUCCUUCUCAACAACAACAAUUUCUCUUCCUUUCCCGCCGAUUUCUUCUCCGGCUUGACGUCACUCCAAGCCGUUUACCUCGACUACAACCCUUUCUCGGCGUGGGAAAUUCCUCCAAGUCUUCGAGAAGCCACCGCCCUGCAAGUCUUCUCCGCCACAUCGGCGAACAUCACGGGCAAAAUCCCCGAUUUCCUUGGCGGCGACGUCUUCUCCGGUCUCACAGUCCUCCAUGCGGCAUUCAACAGCCUGGAGGGCGGCCUUCCGGCGAGUUUUUCGGGUUCUUCGAUUCAGUCCCUGUGGCUGAACGGCCAGCAAAGCAGUUCCAAGCUCAACGGCUCAAUUUCCGUUUUACAGAACAUGACUCAGUUAACCGAAGUUUGGUUGCACGGCAAUUCGUUCUCCGGCCCGUUGCCUGACAUGUCGGGGCUAACUUCGUUGCAGAAUUUCAGUGUGAGGAACAAUCAGUUUACGGGUCCGGUUCCAGAUUCUCUGGUGAGUCUUCCGUCGCUAAAAGUUGUGAACUUGACCGAUAAUCUGUUGCAAGGGCCGACCCCGAAGUUUGAAUCUUCUGUUGCUGUUGAUAUGAAUAAUGGGUCUAAUAGUUUCUGUCUGUCUGAUCCUGGAGUUGAAUGUGAUCCAUCGGUGAAUACGUUGCUUUCCAUUGUGGAAUCUUUUGGUUAUCCGACGAUUUUUGCUGAGAAUUGGAAGGGAAAUGAUGCUUGCAAUUCGUGGAUGGGAAUUGCCUGUAUCGAUGGGAACAUUACUGUUAUCAAUUUCCCGAAAAUGGGGCUUACGGGUACAAUUUCGGCUAAUUUCUCAGCAAUCAGUUCGUUGCAGAGAUUGAUUUUGGCUAAUAAUAAUAUUACAGGUACUAUUCCGAAUGAGCUUACUACUUUGCCUAACCUUAAAGAAUUAGACGUGUCGAAUAAUCGGAUUAAUGGGAAAAUUCCACCAUUUAAGAGGAAUGUACUUGUGCAAACUGAUGGGAAUCCGGAUAUUGGGAAGGAGAAGGUUAGUCCCUCGUCACCCGGGAGUCCAGAAAGUCCGUCUGGGGGUCCUAGUGCUAGUACAGGAGGUUCUGGAAGUGGUGGCAAGAAGUCCUCCUCUGGUGUGGUUGUUGGUUCGAUUGUUGGUGGUGUGUGUGCAGCCUUUGCUAUUGGGGUUGGGGUCUUCUGUCUUUACAGGGCUAAACGAAAGCAUUCUGGUAGAGUCCAGAGUCCAAAUGCAAUGGUGAUUCAUCCUCGCCUUUCUGGAUCAGACCAGGAUGCUGUUAAGAUUACCAUCACUGGUUCAGGUGGCACUGGCGGGACAACAAGUGAAACAUACAGUCACGGCAGUAGUGGACCAAGUGAUGUUCAUGUCAUUGAAGCUGGAAAUAUGGUAAUCUCCAUCCAAGUUUUAAAGAAUGUUACUAAUAAUUUCAGCGAGGAGAAUAUACUGGGAAGAGGAGGAUUUGGAACCGUUUACAAAGGAGAAUUGCAUGAUGGGACAAAAAUUGCAGUUAAGAGGAUGGAAUCAGGAGUGGUGACUGAGAAGGGUUUGGAUGAGUUCAAGUCAGAGAUAGCUGUUCUUACUAAGGUCCGACAUCGGCAUUUGGUGGCUCUUCUAGGAUAUUGCUUAGAAGGAAAUGAGAGGCUACUUGUCUAUGAGUACAUGCCUCAAGGAACUCUUAGCAGGCAUUUGUUCAACUGGAAGGAGGAAGGUUUGAAGCCUCUUGAGUGGUCAAAAAGGCUAUCUAUUGCCCUUGAUGUGGCCAGAGGUGUUGAGUAUCUACAUGGUUUAGCCCACCAAAGCUUUAUUCACAGGGAUCUUAAACCAUCUAACAUUCUUUUGGGAGAUGACAUCCGUGCUAAAGUUGCUGACUUUGGACUUGUUCGUCUUGCACCAGAUGGAAAAGCUUCAGUCGUCACAAGGCUUGCAGGAACUUUUGGGUAUCUUGCUCCUGAAUAUGCAGUGACAGGAAGAGUUACAACAAAGGUUGAUGUGUUCAGUUUCGGGGUCAUUUUAAUGGAGCUGAUUACGGGAAGAAAAGCGCUAGAUGAGACUCAGCAGGAGGAGAGUGUUCAUCUUGUGACCUGGUUCCGGAGAGUGUACGCCAACAAGGACUCAUUCCGCAAGGCCAUUGACCCAACAAUUGAGCUUGACGAAGAAACACUUGCCAGUGUCAGCACUGUGGCGGAGCUGGCAGGCCACUGCUGUGCAAGGGAGCCCUCCCAGAGGCCCGACAUGGGUCAUGUAGUCAACGUGCUAUCCUCUCUUGCCGAGCUCUGGAAACCAUCAGAUAUCGAUUCUGAGGACUUGUAUGGGAUUGACUUCGAUAUGACCUUGCCGCAGGCGCUCAAGAAGUGGCAGGCGCUCGAGGGUAUGAGUGGCAUCGAUGGUUCUUCAUCGUCUUUCCUUGGCAGCGGUGACAACACCCAAACCAGCAUACCGACUCGGCCAUCUGGCUUUGCAGAUUCGUUCACUUCUGAAGAUGGGCGGUGAGCAGCAGUAGAAUCAAGCCUUGCUGGAGAGCGAGUUAACAGUUGUUAAAAGGCCUCAGUGAUAGGUUGGGUUGGUUUGUUCAUUCAAGAUGCUGCUGCUUCUCUGCUGAAUUCUCUCCUCUCAUCUCCCUGUUUGUCAGUGCUAUGUUUUGAUCCCUUUUUGUGAAGAUGCUCCUUUCUGUUUCCUUAUCUUUUCCGUUUUGUUUGUUAGUUUGGACAGUUUCUUGGCUUUUUGUUUGUCUAAAAUGUUUGAACUCUGAACAGCCUUUCCAUCUCCCUUUCUUCUCUGCCCCUGGAAGUGUAGAUGCAAAUAGUUCAACUUUCAGAAGAUACAUAUAUAUAUAAUAUAGUCUUCUUCAUGUUCGUUCA